AUGGAUGAUGACGAGCCCUUCAGCUUUGCUAUUUCUACAGCAGUAUCAAGAGAGAAGACUGUUGGAUCAUCUAAUGACAUCUGCCUCAUCUGUGUGUUUCUCACCCGUGACCUGGUUCAGCGCAUAAGUAAGAAGCUGUGGUCGGACCGGACUCGAGUGACGCACGCGAUGUCGCCGGCGACGACUCUGCUGGUGCUGCUGGUGCUGCUGGUGCUGGGCGCGGCCCGGCGCGGCGACCCCGCCACUGCGAUGGGCAUUAGUGCCGAGGACCCAGCCCACCCCCGGCAAUGCUUGGACUCCAGCGACAACAGCUACCACGUCGCGGGCAGCUCGUGGAACAGAGCGGAGAAGUGCGAGAAAGGCGACUGCGAGUACAACCAAGAGGAAAAGAAAAUGAUCGUCAACUACUAUUCAUGCGGUGUGGUCCUUGUCCCGAGGAUCUGCAGGGCCGUCCCAGGCAACCUCAGCCUGCCGUACCCGGACUGCUGCCAGCGACUCGUCUGCGCUCCGUACUAGAGCAACAGCUGCAUGCAGUACAUAUUCAUGACAUUGCAUUAGUUGUUAUUACCGUUGCCUCAACGGUGUCAAACUAAUUUAUAUACUUUAAAAUGUCAUGUAAGUUAAUAAAGGAAUAGGAAUUUACCACAUAA